GCAGGGACGUUGCUGCUGCCCGUCAAGUGAAAAGCAAGGAGGAUUCAGUCUGGCUUUCGGUUUGCCGCUCGAAUCUUAGCGAUGCCUCGCAGGCGACAGACUUCUGGAUCACAGCAGUAACGGAGACGGGUGUGGUGACCUUGAAGGACGGCGUUGCUGCUCAAUCCUCAGUGCCUCCCAGCCAGUUUGCAGAUGGCGCGUGGAAGGCUAUUUGGCGUGAAUUCCGUGUUUUGGUUUCUGGCGGGCUACAGCCGAACGAGGUUUCGCUCUCCGCGAGCUCCAUCGGCAAGGCCCGUGAGCAGAUGUCGGCUGCAUCGCUGUCUACGUGUAACGCCAGCAUUUAA